CUAGCGUGGCGCGCUGGUCAUGUUGACCAAGCAGACAAAUUCCUUAAAAAAGCUAUUGAGAAUAAUCCACGAGCCUCCGUUGACGCUGGAUAUAACUACUGCAAGGGAUUGCAUGAAUGGUAUUCUGGAGAACCGAAUGCCGCUUUGCAAGCGUUUAAUCGGGCUCGCCGUGAUCUUGAAUGGGGUGAGAGAGCGUUGUACAAUAUGAUAGAAAUUGUGCUCAAUCCCGAUAACGAGAUAAUUGGCGGAGAAGUGUUGGACCACGCCGAGGAGAAGUGA